GUCUGCGAUAAACUGGUCGAUUAAAUUCGAUCAUUGGACUCCACCGUUGGAAGAGAAGUUCGCAUCUGAGCUCUUUUUGAAAUGGUUUUUUUUUUAAAAAAAAAUUAUUUACUUUUUUUUAAAAAAUUUAUUUACUUUUCAAAACCCUAUCCUAAUCCUCCGCAUCUGAAAGCCAUGGCGGAGGUCGGCGAGCCGUCUUCGUCAUCGGCGACGAUGAAGAGAAAGCCAGUCGUCGUUAGGGUUAAGCGCAGGGCGUCCCAGGAGCCACUAGAUGCAUUAUGGCUUGAGAUCAAUGAGCGGCCGUUUAAGAAGCCCCUUUUGGACUUUGCGAGCCUCUCCAUUGGAGAAUCUACUGGAAAAGCCUUAGAGGAAUCAAAGACAAAAAAGGUUUUAGUUCAGCAUGUGGAGACUCUAGGGGGCUUUGAAGGUACUAAAGAUGCUCUGCUGGCUUUCCUGGAUGGGAUGCCUCAUUCAAACAGCAAUAUGGAAUUUGAAAGAAAGCUUGCAGAUCGGAGGAAUACCUUCAAACAAGAUAAGAAGCAAGAUCGAUUGCUCCUUGAAGCCAGAGAGAAACAUGAGUAUCUAGCAAGAAGAGCACGUUUUACGCAAAUAUGGAAGAGCAGAAGGGAGGGCAAGGACAGUGAUGAUAAUUCCUUGCAAGAAAUUUGCCAUUUUUAUGACAUUGUCAGAGUUGAUGAGGAGGAAAAGCCUGGAAAGUUGCCAGAACCAAAAACUGUUUCUAUUGAUGAUAAUGCAAUGCUCUAUAGCUAUCUUCCUUUACUGAGGGAAUUCCUCCCAACUGCGGCGGAGGAGAUUGAAUCUGAUAUCAGUUCUGUUCAAGAAAAUUACGUCUAUGAUCUGUAUGCUAUGGAUGACGAAGCCAAUGAAAAUGAGCAAGACUCUUUCACUGGCUACCCUUUAGUUCAAGUGGACGAUGAAGAUGAGUAUUAUGGUGGCCCUCCAGAAUGCGAAUAUGAAUCUGAUGAUUCAAAUGCUGAAGACAACCCACUGAAUGAGUACCCUGAUGAAGUGUCAUCACAGGAUGAAGAAAAUGAAAACAAAGACCCACUGGACUACUACUCAGAUACUGACUCUCAAUAUGAAAAGAUCAUUGAUUCUGAUGAGGAGGAUGAGGACUGGAAAUGGGAAUAUAAAUAAACACUGAAAGUUUUUAAGUCUUCAGACUUACAUUGUGAUGGCUUUUAAUUGUCUGUCUCUAGUGCAUAUUGAUGUAAUUGCGUUGGAUUUUUAGAUAAACCAACACUCUUACUUCAAAAAUAUAUAUUUCUUUUAUUUUUUUAAAUUGUUUUAAAAGGGUAAUUUGCGUUUAUAGUA